AUGUGCGGCAUUCUUGGUCUUAUUCUUGGCGAUAUCGACGACCCGUCUUCCGCGACCGCAGCAGCCGACCUCCACGAUGCUCUAUACUAUCUCCAACAUCGGGGACAAGACGCGUGUGGUAUAGCCACCUGUGCUUCCGGAGGACGUAUAUACCAGUGCAAAGGCAAUGGCAUGGCUGCCAAAGUCUUUCACGACGGUUCUCGAGUACAAGAUCUUCCUGGUUUCAUGGGACUCGGACACCUGAGAUACCCCACUGCUGGUAGCAGUGCCAGUGCCGAAGCACAGCCUUUCUACGUGAACUCCCCUUAUGGCAUCACUUUCGCACAUAAUGGCAAUCUCAUCAAUGCUGAGAAGCUCCGUGACGAUCUCGACAAGGCCUCACACAGACACAUCAACACCGACAGUGACAGCGAGCUGAUGUUAAACGUUUUCGCAAGCGAGCUCAAUGAGACUGGCAAGGCUCGUGUUAAUGAAGGAGAUAUCUUCAGUGCUCUUGAGAGGAUGUAUGGAAAGUGUGUUGGCGGCUGGGCCUGUACAGCAAUGUUGGCUGGCUUUGGAAUACUCGGGUUUCGUGAUGCAUACGGCAUUCGACCUCUCGUCUUAGGUUCUCGACCCUCUGGGACAGAACCAGGGACUAUCGACUACAUGAUGGCAUCUGAAUCGGUCGCCUUGAACCAACUCGGAUUCGAGAAUAUCGUCGACAUUUUGCCUGGACAAGCCGUGAUCAUUCGCAAAGGAUGUGCUCCAGUCUUCAAACAAGUUGUUCCUCAGCUGGCGUACUCACCAGAUAUCUUCGAAUACGUUUAUUUUGCACGUCCUGAUACUAUCAUCGAUGGCAUGAGUGUUCACAGAACCAGACAGAACAUGGGCAUCAAAUUGGCAGACACGAUUGUUAACAUCCUUGGCCCAGAGGCUAUCAAAGAGAUUGACGUUGUCAUUCCUAUUCCGGAGACUUCGAACACCUCAGCCGCCAGUCUCUCCGAGAAACUUGGGAUUCCAUACUGUCAAGCAUUCGUCAAAAAUCGCUACGUGUUCAGGACAUUCAUCAUGCCCGGACAGGGAGCUCGUCAGAAGUCAGUUCGGCGAAAGCUGAGCGCGAUCCCUUCAGAAUUCGCUGGUCGUACUGUACUACUCGUGGAUGAUAGUAUCGUGCGUGGUACCACAAGCAGAGAGAUUGUCAGCAUGGCUCGUGAAGCUGGUGCAAAGAAGGUUAUCUUUGCUUCGAGCGCUCCACCCAUCACCCAUGCCCAUAUUUACGGCAUCGAUCUAGCUUCACCACAAGAGCUCGUAGCCCACAAUCGAGACAGGAAAGCUAUUGCCAAGCACAUUGGCGCCGAAGAAGUCAUUUACCAGUCGCUUGACGAUCUUAAACUUGCUUGCGCCAUGGAAUCCCCUCGAGGUCUUACUCAGCAGUUCGAAGUCGGUGUAUUCUGUGGCAAAUAUGUUACCCCAGUUGAUGACGACUAUUUCAUGAGGCUAGAGAAGGUUCGCGGAGAGACCAAGAAGUUGAAGGUGCUUGAUGCCGCGAAAGAUGCUAUCUUACAUGGCUGUGCUAGCGAUACACAACUUGAAAUUGUCACACACGGAGUGGCAGUCAAUGAGAGCGGCCAAGUUGUCCCAGCUAACAACGGCACGAAUGGUCUCAAGGUCAACGGUGAUGCUAAUGGGCAUGGGAAGAGGAAAAGAGAGCGAGAAGAAUCCGGGACCCCGCCAGUCAGAGAUCGUCACGAUAUCAGCUUGCACAAUUUCGCUACGGAGCCUCAGAGAGGUUAUGAGUGA